UUGACUGAAUAUGUUGUUUCAAUAAAAAUUAUCGUUGAAAUAUGUGUUUUAUAACGUUAUUUAAAGUGUGAAGUAGUAACAGUGCGUAAAAGUGCAUAAAACAUCAAUUUUCAAAGAAAAUAUUAUUAAAGUAUCAGCAAGCGUCGGUUGUUAUUCAGAAAUAGUUGUUUCCAUAGCAAUAAAAUGUCGUUUGGAGCUCGAAAAGUAUUCGAAGAACCUGAUAGGUUUGUUUUUGAAGCUAGUUGGUUCCAAAAUGAAGCGCAGGAACGAAAACUUUACCUCUAUUUCUAUCCUAAUGAUUCCUCAUUAGAGCUUUUUGAUCUUCAUUCUCGCAAAACAUUUCUUCGUCGGUGUAAAUUAAAUGGAAUAUCCGAGCCUGAUCUUUAUUUGGGUGCGAAAUUGAUGAUUUAUGGAAGGCAAAUUAACGUUAUAGACUAUGCUGAUGAAUUAACACGCAGAAAGCUAUCCGCUAAAAGGCAAAAGACAUUUAUUGUCGUUAAACCAGCAGCUUAUCAAUGUACCGGAAAGAUCAUAACUUUGUUAUAUGAGCAGAAAUUUACUGUGCAACAGCUAAAAAUGGUGAGACUUAAUCAAGGACUUGCGAGAAUAAUCUUAGAUGAUAUCGAUAUCAGCGGAAAUCCAGCAGAGCCAUUUUUAGUUGAACAACUCCUUUCGGGACCUGUAGUUAUGAUGGAAUUAUCAGGAGAUGAUGCGGUUUCUCGUUUGAUCAAUUUGAUUGGAGAACAUGGAGACCCAGAUGCAAAACUUCCUUCACGUUUAUUAUUUGGAUUAGACUCAUUAAGAACGGCUGUGUUUGUGUCGAAGAACUUACAACAAGCGGAAACUCACAUUAGGACUUUUUUUGGAGAUCCAUAUGCUCCUAAAGUUGAGUCAACUGAGAAUAAAACCACACUUUGUUUGAUAAAAGCUCAUGCCAUCAAAGAAGGAAAUGCAGGAAAGAUCAUCGAUGCCUUAUUUGACAGCGAUUUAAGAAUAACAGCUAUGAAAAUGUGUCUUUUAGAAAGACAAAAUUGUGAGGAAUUUUACGAAGUAUAUAAGGGUGUUGUACCGGAAUAUCAAAUGGUUCUUCAGCUCUCAAGUGGACCAUGCAUUGCUUUAGAAAUUGCAGGAAAGAGCGAUAACAGCAAUGCGUACUCCGAGUUACGAGGAAUUUGUGGACCAACAGAUCCAGAAAUCGCCAAACAAAUUCGCCCUCAUACUUUAAGAGCUAAAUUUGGGAAAAACAAAGUUGAAAAUGCCGUUCACUGCACAGAUUUGGAAGAAGACUGUCAAUUAGAAGUAGAAUACUUUUUCAAAAUUAUUGAGUGAAAAAAAAAUUUACAUAAUUUAAGAAAAUUUAGUUUUUA